UAAAAAUUAAUGUAAUAAGAAAUUUGGUGGUACGCUCAAAGUCCAGAGCUGCGAGGCGGCAUAUUGCCGAGCGCGGACGGGUAUGUGCUGCAUUCUUAUGCGCCCUUGAGGUCUUGACGUUCUAUCUCCCGACACGCUUGUCCUUCUGUGACGCCUUUCAACAUCCAACAAGGGGGCUGACCACAACAUAUCCUGUUCAGCCUUCUUGCUGUUGAAACAUGGUCGCUGCUGUGCUGGAUCUCCGGCCCAAAUAAAGCAGGUUUUGCAAAUCCUUAACAAGGUGUCCAGCAAUAGAUUCUGCAUUGUGUGGUCCAGCGAAAGUGCAGGUUACAAUCUGCAAUGGCGGACAAUGUGGAGAAGCUACCAUUCUUCUAUGGGAACAUUACGCGUGAAGAGGCAGAGGAUUACCUGCGACAGGGUGGCAUGGCAGAUGGGCUCUACCUGCUGCGGCAGAGCCGGAGCUACCUGGGUGGCUACGCCCUAUCCGUAGCAUAUGGCCGCCAGUUCUAUCACUACACCAUCGAGAGGGAGCUGAACAACACAUAUGCCAUUGCUGGGGGAAAAUCACACCGCACCCCAGUUGAUCUGAUCGACUACCACUCCCAGGAGUCGGACGGUCUCAUCUGCCUGCUAAGGAAACCAUGCAGCCGUCCACGUGGCAUGGAGCCUAAGGUGGGGCCCUUUGAAGAACUGAAGGAGAAGCUUGUCCGGCAGUACGUCAAGCAGACGUGGAACCUGCAGGGUGCUGCUCUCGAACAGGCCAUCAUCAGCCAGAGACCACAGCUGGAGAAACUGAUCGCCACCACAGCUCAUGAAAAGAUGCCCUGGUUCCACGGUAGCAUCACGCGAGAGGACUCAGAGACCCGCCUGCAGAACGGGACACGUGCCAAUGGCAGAUUCCUAAUACGACAGCGGGACAACAAAGGCUCAUAUGCGCUCUGCCUUCUACACCAUGGACAGGUCAUGCACUAUCGCAUAGACAAGGACAAGGCUGGGAAACUCUCAAUCCCUGAUGGGAAGAAGUUUGACACCCUUUGGCAGCUGGUGGAGCAUUACUCCUACAAGCCUGACGGACUCCUCCGAGUACUCACUGAGCCUUGUGCACAACCUGAAGGAGAAGCAGAUCGCCGGCCAGCUAUUCCCCACAAUCACCCGCUGCAAGGUGCCACAAGUGGAAUUCUCUCCAGAAUCAAAUCCUACUCCUUCCCCAAACCCGGCAGCAAAAAGUCAGUGAAUCCACCUGGAUCCAGAACCACAGACAACCUGAACACCUAUGAGAUGAAAUUAGAGAAAACAAAGAACAUAGAAGCGCUGCCAAUGGACACGGAAGUGUAUGAGAGUCCAUACGCAGAUCCCGAUGAGCUGCAGACUGCCACCAUUGACCGCAGGCAGCUGAUCCUGGAGGACGGCGAGCUGGGAUCCGGUAACUUCGGCACAGUCCUCAGGGGCACUUACAAGAUGAGAAAAUCAGAGAAGACGGUAGCGGUGAAAAUCCUGAAGAACGAUGACAGCAAUCAGGCAGUACGAGAGGAGAUGCUGCGUGAGGCUGCCGUCAUGCAGCAGUUGGACAACCCCUACAUUGUCCGUAUGAUCGGUAUCUGUGAAGCCGAGAACCUCAUGUUGGUCAUGGAGCUGGCUGGAUUGGGCCCGCUUAACAAAUUCUUGCCCAAGAACAGACACAUAUCGAUUAAGAACAUCACAGAGCUGGUGCACCAGGUCUCCAUGGGUAUGAAGUACCUGGAGGAGCACAACUUCGUCCACAGAGACCUUGCAGCCAGGAAUGUGCUGCUGGUCACACAGCACUAUGCCAAAAUCAGCGACUUCGGCCUGUCAAAAGCACUGGCAGAGGAAGAGAAUUAUUACAAGGCCAAAACUCACGGUAAGUGGCCCGUGAAGUGGUACGCCCCAGAGUGCAUUAAUUACUUCAAGUUCUCCAGCAAGAGUGAUGUCUGGAGCUUUGGAGUCCUGAUGUGGGAAGCCUACUCCUUAGGGCAGAAGCCGUACAAGGGUAUGAAGGGAAAUGAGGUUCUGCAGAUGAUCGAGAGCGGAGAGCGCAUGGUUGCUCCGGCCAACUGCCCCCCUGAGAUCUACGACCUCAUGAAGGCAUGCUGGACAUACAAGCCUGAUGAGAGACCCGGAUUUAGUACUGUUGAACUAAGACUAAGAAAUUACUAUUACGAGAUAUCACAGAUUUAAUGUUUGACCCUCAAUGUACUUUAACAUUAUUUUAGAGAAUUUGAAAUUUCAGAAAGUGAAAGUCUGACACAAGAAUAAAGCGCCAAGGGUUUAAAGAUCCUAAAAUUUCCACUGAUUUUAUGCAAGCACCUGACAAGUUAUGAUUGUAAAUUAUCUAUUGUUAGGAAUGCAACAUACACAACAUACCAUUCUACAAACAUCUAUUUGAUUUUUUUGUAUACAUUUAUUUUUCAAGACCUUAUGACUAUCUGUUCAUUUUCCAGCUUUAAAGUAAAAGAAAUUCAGUAUUUCAUUGUGCACCUGUAUUUUGUAUCCCUUUCCCAUUUUUAUGAGUUUUAAGUGUUUGGAUUUUUGCUCAUCAUUUCCUAUUUGUGGCAAGUGAUGCUUUCACAUGUUUUCUCAGGGCAACCAAGUAGAAUGGUGUUAGUAAAUUAAGCUGGACUUCACAUGGUCCAGUCAAACACUUGAAUUCAAUCUUCAAAUUAUUGAGUAAUUGGUAAAGAAGUCUUGUCAGAAUAUUUUCACCCAAAAUUUGUCAAGUGGGAACUAAAAACAGUUUUUUCAAUUUUUUUUCAACUUAAAGCUUAUAAUGAA